AGUCGAAUAUACUUUUGACCCAAAGGUGACCCACAAAAUGGCGGCGGCUGAAGAUUUCGAAGUCGACGUCCAAACUGGUCACGAAUUUGGCCACGAAAACAGCCAGCAUGCGGGUCAGAACGGGUUUUCCGGCGUGCAGAGUUCAACUGGUGCUAGUUCAGGGGACCAGCCGGCUGGGGACCCAUACAAACAGAGACACUGCGUUCUGAAGAGGAAGUGCGAAGAAGUGCAGUUGACUAACGAGAGACUGGUGAACAGACUUCAUCAUGUGAAGAGAAUCAUCCGCAGACUGAAGAGAGAGAGAAGGUUUCUUACAAAGAAGCUUGAUGACCAUGGGGAUGACUACAAAGCAGCACUGCUAUCUCUUCCUGAAGAGGUAAGCAUUGGGUACCAGUACCAGCCACCUCCAAACUACCAGCUGUACCAGCAGGGUACCAUGGGUGACCUGCAGUCCUACCCAGGUACCAUGGGUCCCCACAUGGCCCCCUCCAUGGCUCCAGGCAUGCUACCCUUCCCUGGGUCUGCUACCAUGGCACUACAGGCAUCCAGCAAGAAGAAACACAAACAGCCCAAGUCUGAGAAAGAGAAGGACCCCAAUGCUCCAAAGAAGCCGGCCAAUGCGUUCUUUAUGUUCUGCCAGCAGCGGCGGUCCCAGGUGCAGGAGAGUUACUACAAGGAACACAAGGAGGAAAUCGGGCACCACGAGCUGACCAAGAGGCUGGCUAAGAGUUGGAACAGCCUGUCAUCAGAGGACAAAAAGAGAUACUACGACAUGUAUGAGAAAGACAAAGAGCGUUACGAGAGGGAGAUGAGGGAAUACACGAGUAACCCCGCCCCUGCCGCCGCGUCAACCGUGACCUCCGCACACGGGGGAGAAGAGGUCAAGGUCAAGAAGGAGGACAUCGACAGUGGGGAGAGUUUACACAUUGAUGUCGAGUCCUCUGGAGACUCUGUCAGUAUGGGACAGUCAUGUGAACCUAUUGUAUCAACCAAUCAAUUCUCCCUAACCAUGCCUAGUCAGUUAACAGAGGAAGACACAUAACAUUG